AUGUUGAAAUUGGCCAUAAUAAUAGGUUUGGUAGUUGUUUGUUUAUGUGAAGCUGCCAUUUCCAGUUUACAGCUGGUGGUGCCCAAUGAUCCUUACAGUGUUUUAACUGGCGGCAAAUCAUCCAGCACCUCAUUGGGCAAUUCCAUACCAUCCUUGUCAAAUGCCAUAUCAGACGAAGACAAAUCAAGUAAAGCCCUGUCAGAGGAAUCCAAUGAAUCUGCUGCAAAUUCAGCUGCCAGCUCUGCUCCCUCUCCACAACCGGCUGCUGCUAGUUCCCCAACAAAUUCUCCGGCCGGCUCAGCUCCAGCAGCUUUAACUAGAAUUAAGCCUUCCUCAGCUUUAAGUAGCAUUACCUCAUCGGCGGGUCUCUCUAGAGGUUCGCUCUUAAUCUCUUCCACCGCCCAAGCAUCUGCCUCAGCUGGCUCUCCCGGCAGCUCUUCCAGAUCUACAGCAACCAUACAACAUCGUAUACUACCCGCUGAAUCGAUACCUCUACCCAUUACGAUUUCGACUAGACCCGGUCUACGCACAGUAAUUGCACCCGAAACUAUAACCAUACAACAACCAAGCAUAGCAAAAGUUGGUGAAGUAGUGCAACAAAUACCCACCGCUGUAUCGCAUCAACGACAAACUGUGGUCCACAAUCAUGCUCGUGUUGUAACCCCCAUAGUGGCACCGGCUGUGCGAACAGUUACCUCGCAAAUUGUUCGUGCCUAUCAUACACCCCUGGUUUAUGCUCCUCAUGUUGUGGAAAAUUGA